UCCGGUCCGGUCCUGGUCUCAGAUGGGACUCGUCAGGUUGGAGGUUUCCAGGCUUGGAGCAGUUUUUGACCAGGAGAACCAGGAGGAACCAGGAGAACCAGGAGGAGGUCUGAUCGGGCCUGAAACCAGACAUGGAGGCCUCUCCACCCGCAGCAGCUGAGAAAAAACACAAGAUGGAUGGGAGCAGUUUCACCGACAUGCCGAAGAAACUCUCAGCCACUGACAUGAGAGCCCCCCAACACCUCUUCCCUGCCUUCCACACGCCGAUCCCCCUGGAUGUCCGGCACCACGAGGGACGGUACCACUACGAGCCCCACACCCUGCACGCCAUGCACAGCCCCACAGGUCUACCUGGCAGCCCCAUCCUCUCUGACAUCUCCCUGAUCCGCCUCUCGCCAGCUGCCGUGGCGCCCGGAGAGUCUCCGUUCAGCCCUCCUCACCCGUACGUCUCCCCCCACCUGGAGCACUACCUGCGCUCGGUGCACGGCAGCCCCGCCCUGUCCACGAUCUCUGCAGCACGAGGACUCAGCCCUGCAGACUUGGCCCAUGAGCACCUGAAGGAGCGUGGGUUGUUGGGACUUCCCCCUCCCCCCUCAGCGGAGUAUUACCACCUGAUGGCCAGCCACCGGAGCCCCUACAGCGAGCUGCUCCUGCAGGGGGCCGGGGGCCCUGGGGGGGCCCACCUGUCCGACUACUUCGGUCCCAUCGAAGUGUCCCGGUUCUCCAGUCCCAGACUGAUGCCCCGGCUCAGCAGGAAGCGGGCCCUGUCCAUCUCUCCGCUUUCCGACGCCAGCAUCGAUCUCCAGACUAUGAUCCGGACCUCGCCCAACUCCCUGGUGGCGUACAUCAACAACUCCCGGUCCAGCUCGGCUGCCAGCAGCUCUUACGGACACCUGUCGGUUGGAGGUCUCAGCCCUUCGUUUCCAUUCCCUCAUCCCAUCAACUCUGUGGCGUACCAGCAGCUCCUCUCCCAGCAGCGAGGUCUCAGCGCCUUUGGUCACAACCCACCCCUCAUCCAGACUACGCCCACGUUCUCUGGACACCAGUCGGGCUUGAGCCUUUCCUCGAUGAAUGCCUCGUGCCACAACAUAGACCUGAUGUCCAAGAACCAUGGAGGCGACCCGGCAGUCAGCAGCACAGUGGACCCCAUGAACAAAAGGUCAAAGGUGAAGGUGGAGGCAGAGGGAAUGAGGCUGGCGUCUCCUGUCUCACCGAACCAUCUCAGCGGCCCGCUGGAUCUGAAGGAGGACGUGGACCGGGACGAAUGUAAACCCGAACCCGAAGUUGUGUACGAGACCAACUGUCACUGGGAGAGCUGCAGCAAGGAGUUCGAUACCCAGGACCAGCUGGUCCAUCACAUCAAUAACGACCACAUCCACGGAGACAGGAAGGAGUUCGUGUGCCGCUGGGACGACUGCUCGCGGGAGCAGAAGCCCUUCAAGGCUCAGUACAUGCUGGUGGUCCACAUGCGCCGGCACACCGGGGAGAAGCCACACAAGUGCACGUUUGAGGGCUGCUCCAAGGCCUACUCUCGUCUGGAGAACCUGAAGACUCACCUCCGCUCUCACACUGGAGAGAAACCGUACGUCUGCGAGCACGAGGGCUGCAACAAGGCUUUCUCCAACGCCUCGGACCGGGCAAAGCACCAGAAUCGGACCCACUCUAAUGAGAAGCCGUACGUCUGUAAGAUCCCCGGCUGCACCAAGCGGUACACAGACCCCAGCUCUCUCAGGAAACACGUGAAGACAGUUCACGGCCCGGAAGCCCACAUCACCAAGAAGCAUCGCAGCGACGUACCGCCCCCACCACCCGCGCCCCGGGAGAACGGCCAGAAGGAGAGGCUCCAGAGGGAAGAGCAGACGUCGAGGACCAGCCCCCCCAGAAGCAGAGAGGACUACGUGCACAUCAAGUCCAUCAAGAGUGAGGACUCUAUGAUGCAUCAGCCCAGUCCUGGCGGUCACUCAUCAUGCAGCAGCGAACCAUCACCAUUUGGCACCAACCAUGACAGUGGAGUAGACACGGCGGCGCACAGCGGGGGCAGCCCGGGGGACCUCAGCACCCUGGAUGACCUGACGUUCGUGGAGUCCACGGGCUGCGAGGAGUCCUCCGGGGGGGUCGCAGCGGUGGGCCUCUAUCUCAGGAAGCAGCUCGGUACCGGCCAUUUCCUGGAUCGUCUGAAGAAGGACAAGCUGAGAGCGGUGAGGGACUCGUGUCGGUGGGCCAACAACCCAACACCCCCAGUCCACGGCGCCACGCUGCCACCCGUACGGACAAGAGGGUGCCUCCUGGAAACUUCAAGUGUGGGAGGAAAUACAGCUUCCUUCCCUAGUUCUGGCUCUGACCCACUGAACUCCGAUGAAAUGACACUGCUGGGAAACCCUUCUGAACGCUGUCACAGUACUUGCAGCACCUUCAGCUCAGUCUACACUCUCAGCCGCCGCUCCUCAGGCAUCUCUCCUGGUUUCUCCAGUCGACGCUCAAGCCAGACGUCUAGAUUAAGUGCCAACCAGCCCAGAAACAUGAGCUCUGCUGACUUUUAUGACCCCAUUUCUGCUGAUAUCUCUCGGCGUUCCAGUCAAGCCAGUCAGGGUGAAGUCAACAGCAAUGGACCCGAAGGAAGAAGACCAGGCCUUCCCAAUCCCCUGAACCUGACCCCAGCCCAGCACUACUGCCUACAGGCGAAAUAUGCCGCUGCCACUGGUGGAGCACCACCUACACCUCUUCCAUACAUACAUCAAGCACAUCUCAAGUCCAACUCAGCACUCUUUGAAAACUCCCAGGAAUCCUCAGGCAACAAAAAGCUUCUGUCCAGGCAGUACAGCGCAUUAUGGAGCCUGAUGCCCAACAAAGUUUCAGCUAACAUCCCCCGCCGAGCGAGUGAUCCCGGAAGACCGUUAGAUCCUCUCAGCCAGUUGCCCUUUCAGAAGUACAGGAGCAUGGGUUCACUGAGCAGAGGGGUCACCAUGCAGCCCCAUCCUCCUCCGGCAACAGAUCGAUGCUUUUCACAGCCAAGAUGCUUGCGACUGGGCAGUGGUCUGCAUCGACACCCUUCCUGCCUGCAACCACCCAGCAUUUCAGAGAAUAUCACCGUGGAGACUAGAAGGAACAUAUGUGAAGAUGCAACCAAUCAGGCAGAUUUUCAAAGAGGUCUGAAUGUCCAUCAGCAGCAGAAUGUCCAAAGAAGGAUGAAUGUGUUAAAUCUGAACACUUCCAAGAGUCUAGGACAAGCAUGGGACAGUUGUCCCAGAGGACAGUGGGACAUAGUUUCCUCUGGGCUCUUGGAUGACACUCAACAGUGCACCAAACUAGAGGUACGAGGGAACUUAACCACCCUUCGGCAAAAUCAGAACUUCAGACCUUUCAGUCCAACCUCCAACCAAGAAGUGGUGGAAAACAUGUCCAACAGAGUGCAGCAGAGAUGUCUCCAGUUCAGUUCUGAGUCAGUACCAAACCUCUUCCAGCAAUCCUUUAACCUCACUGAUGAUGCUGCUAAGCCAGAGUACAGGUUCUGUGAAGGAACCGGUUCCUACGAUAGAAAUGGGAACCUACUCUGUGGUACCAAGUUGGCGAGCUGUAAACAGGAACCAGCUGACAUGGACUUCACUGUGUUUGAGCCAGUUCAGGUAAAAACUGAGAGCUGUGAUGCUUCAGUUUUGAUUUUAGAUCAGCAGAACUGUAAUUUGGCUAGAAAUCAGGACUGUCUCAAGCCAAUAACAGAACCUAGAUCUGUUCGGCUACUGAGCCUGAAGUUAACGCAGCAAACAGAUGAAGGUUCACAACUUCCCUGCAGACAUGAAGACAACGUUCUAUACUACACAGGUCAGAUUCAGGUAUUUGAGCCCAGCCCAAACCUGGGUUUUCAUGUAUCCAACACAGUGACUCCUCUUGAACCUGAUGCAACAGCUCCUGAGUGGACUGAAACCCAGCUGGACAAGACCUCAGGACUAGAGCAGACUCAGAUAGAUUUUGAUAGCCUGCUCAACAUCGGGGAUCAAUCCAGCUUUAUGUCAGGAACCUUAAGUCCUGGACUGUUCCAGAGUUUCUCCCAGAGUUCAUCUCGCCUGACUACUCCCAGGAGCUCUGCGUCGCUGCCCUCAGUGUCGGCCAGGCCGGGGAACAUGGCCAUCGGGGACAUGAGCUCACUGCUGACCACUCUGGCAGAAGAGGACAAGUACCUCAACUUGAUUUCUUAAAGUGGACGGCUUUCUUUGGCGAUUUGAACUACAACCACAGACUCCAAACUGAUGUCUUCUUCUUGUUUUUUCAUGCAGGCACAUCUUGACGU